UAACUUUAAACGCAUUAACUGAAUUUAUUCAAUUAAUAAAAAAAAAUGUUUUUUAAAUAUAUUUUUUUCUUAACAUUUAAUUUUGUUAUUUUAAUUCAAAAUGGGAAUGGCGAAAACUGCGAUUGGGAUGCCAUGUAUUUGCAUUUAUUUUCACAAAUCGAAAACUUAAAACAAUCGUUGGAAAUUCAAAACACACGUUUGGAUAUAAUAGCCGAAAGACAUUUAAACUUGAACGAAAAUAAGAAAAUCCCUGAAAAACCACCUAAAAAUUCAAAGUCCAUAUUUGAUGUACGUUUCGAUGCCAUGCCCAAACAUUGCGCUACAGAUGUGCAACCCAGCUCAUGUGCCGAAGCCACUGAAUGCACUCGUCGUACGGGCAUCUAUAAUAUUACCGAUACACGCUACAGCAAUCGGACAUUUACGGUUUAUUGUGAUUAUGACAAUUAUGAAGGCGAUUGGUUGUAUAUUUUAAGACGUGAAGAUGGCAACGAGAAUUUUAACCGAUCUUGGACGGAUUAUGUUAAAGGUUUUGGUAAUCCGGCCAGAGAAUACUGGAUUGGCCUGGAGAAUCUUUAUGCUCUAACAAACUACUAUGGGCCACAGGAAUUAAAUGUUUAUGUGGAAAAUUUUGAAGGUGUAACAAAGUUUGCACGUUAUGACAACUUUGCAAUAGACAGUGCGACUGAGAAAUACAAAUUAAAGACACUGAGCCGUUAUUGGGGUACUGCUGGUGAUAGUAUGACUAGACAUCUUGGCCAAAAAUUCAGCACAUACGACAAUGAUAAUGACUCAAUUUGCGCUAAAGAACGUGAAGGUGGUUUUUGGUUUGCGUAUUGUGCUGAUGCAAAUCCUACUGGCAAGUAUCUGCUUGGUAAAUAUAAUGGCGUUUUAAGGGGUUGUUAUUGGAAUACUUUUGGCGGUAGUUUUUAUUCACAUAAAACUAUUAUAUUCAUGAUUCGUCGCAAAACUGCUGCAAAAUUGGAAUAAUAAGUAUGCUGUUAAUUUUUAAUAAUACUUACUUUAUAUGUUGCUACAACUUCCAAUAUCUUUAAAUAAAACCUUUUUCCAAGCUACAA